UUAUAAUAUAUAUAGUUCUCCCCGCCGGCCCCAUAUCCCUCAUCAUCAUCAUCAUCAUCGACUUAAUUACCAGCAGCAUCAAAUCCAUAUACCAUUACCGGCCCAUAUAUAUAUAUAUAUAUAUGACGAUGACGACGACGACACCCGCACUACCAUUCAUGUUGCUCUUCCUCUCCGCGGCUCUCUGCGCCCCUGCUCUUGCUCAAGAUAUCGUCGUCGUCAAAGACACCGACGGCCACGACCUCCGCAAGGGCGUCGACUACUACAUCCUGGCUGCCACGCAGGGUAACGGCGGAGGCCUCACCCUCGGCAACACCACCUACCCCAACGGUACUCGUCGUUGCCCUCCCUACGUCGUCCAGCACCCAGAUGAGGCCAACCACGGCCUCCCCGUCACCUUCUCCCCAGUUAACGCCAGCCUGUCCGUGGUUCCCUUGGUCACCGAUUUUAACGCCAAGUUCUCCGCCGCCACCACUUGUGUUCAAUCCACGGUGUGGAGCUUGGGGCAAGACGACGACUCCACCGGAAAGUUGGUGGUGACCACCGGUGGCGUGGAAGGAAACCCGGGCUCCGAGACAUUGAGCAACUGGUUCAGGAUCGAGGAGUAUGAGGAUGCUUACAAGCUCGUUUUCUGCCCCAGCGUCUGCAGCAUUACCUGCAGGCCCGUGUGUGGAGACCUUGGCAUUUUCUACAACAGCGGAAUCAGGCACCUGGCCAUCAGCGAUCAACCCUUCAAAGUCGUCUUCAAGAAGGCCUAAAGUUAAUAAUUAACGAUCCGAAUCCGAUCAUGAUCACUCUUAAUUAGUCUCUUGAUUUGUACGUACGUACGUAGUCUGUACUUAAUUCUCCCUGCAUGCAUGGAGAUUAUAUACGUACAGACACGUUAAUUAAUUAAAAUAUUAGCGACUAUAUAUAUAAUAAUAAUCAGCAAUAAGAAUGAAUGAACGAAGCCUGUACUUGUUUCCUUGUAAUGAAGCUGGGUGAAUAUAAUAAAAUAUAUUAUUGUUGCAAUA